GCCAUUUUACGCAUGGAGAUUUCGUUCGCGUAAGCAGUAUAGUAAUAGUUUACGCGCGUGAUUUUUCGACGAUACGUCGAAAUACGGUGCGUGUUUCAUCGUGCCGUGCCUGUGUUACACAAUGCGCUGAAGAAGGUAAUUAUCGUCGUGGAUCGGUUGGAUGCCGACGUGCGUAAAAUCGCGCGUGCGAAAAUCGGACGGCGGCGAUUUCGCGUGAAACGGAUGGGAGAGGAGGAGCGGCAUCGACAGUGAACGACGACUCCAGAUGCGCACUGGACAUCUUGCACGAGUGUCGUGGUGCUCGUUAAUCAGGCGUAAAUUACGCAACGUGUAAUUCGAAACUUGCACCGAAAAUUCCUCGUUUCUUCGGAAAAGUUCUUUUGCAUCGCGGGAGAGAGCGAGAGCGACAAGAGAGUGAGUGAGUGAGUGAGAGAGAGGGAGACUGCGAGCGAAAUCGAUAAGUGUCUCUGCGUAUGGAUGUGUGCUCGCCGACCUUCGUUUAGAACUGCAGAUAAUAUUACAUAAACAGAUCGUGUGUACGCUAAUUUUCCUUCCAUUCGUCGAGAGCGAAAUCUUUCCUGACUUCAAGACGAUUGGAUCUCUGGUAUUAUCUUCUGAGAGAAGAGGCGUUUCUAUUUUAUGUUAUAGUUUGAAUGCCUACUCUUGGCUUGAUCAAGAUCUUACACUCGUUCAUUAGCAGCCUAUCAAAAUGGCAUCGACAAAAUCCAAAGAAGUUGCGGAUGAGUACAUCUCGUCCCUGUCCGAUCUUACAAUCAACAGUAAGCCGCUUAUCAACAUGCUCACCAUGUUGGCCGAAGAUAAUAUUGAACAUGCAUCAGCAAUAGUGCAAGCUGUUGAGACUCAUCUACAAAAGGUGAGAAGUGACAUCAAGUUACCAGUACUCUAUCUCAUCGAUUCGAUUGUCAAGAACGUAAAUGGAGACUAUUUGAAUCUCUUUACGCAAAAUAUAGUAAACACAUUCUGUGGAGUAUUUGAGAAGGUCGAUGAAAACACAAGAGCCAGCAUGUGGAAGUUGCGACAAACGUGGAACGAUGUAUUUCCACCGAAGAAAUUAUUUUCAUUAGAUGUGCGGGUACAAAGUAUCGAUCCUGCAUGGCCAAUCACUGCCCCUCCUACUAAUAUUUCUUCAGGCUCCAUACAUGUUAAUCCACGAUUUUUUUCCACAAUGCCUCAACAAACUACGACAUCAAUUGUCCCGCCUGUUAAAUUGCCAUCAGGAGAACCAGUAACGACAACAGAAGCAGCUAUGCGAGAGCAGUUACUGAAAAAGCAACGAGAAUUGUUAGAAUUGCAGAAAAAGAAAAUUGAGCUAGAACUAUUGCAAGCUAAAGCGAGUUUAGAACAACAGCAGAGGCAACUUGACAAACAAGCUGGCAGCUUGAAGGCAGAAGUGGUUAUACCCACUGCACAUGUCCCCCCAACUACAGAGGCAGCAGCACAAGGAAAACCUGUAGCACCUGUAGUACCAAAUCAAACACCGAAACAAGUAGCAAAACAAUUCCCUGCAGCAGCUGCAUCACUUUUAAAGAAUGCAGGAGCAAACAGCGGUCCACGAAUUGCACCAGCUAGUAGUAUAGCAGUAGCGUCAGCUAAGCCAGUCUCACGAGAUCCACGUUUGAAACCUACUCCUGCUGUUCAGGAUGUGACAACAGUAUCAACAAUAGAUCCACGACAACGACCGGGUACGAUAAGUCCGAAAGAAUCACGGAGUGAAGGUCAAACGCAGCCAGUCGCAAAUACAAUUGUAACUUCAAACCAAUUAAAGCAGCAGUUACCUUCGAAACCGGCUGUAACUAGCACUGUCAACAAGCCUCCGGCGAGUCCCGCCGGUUCCGAUAAUCCGACGUUAUUAAACGUUAUUAAUAACAAUCAUGCUGAUACGAAUCUGAACAAUAGUAAUAAUAAAACUUUUAGUAGUAAUAUAAAUAAAGAUGCUGUCUCGCAUCGAACAAGUCAAAAGAAAGACCCUCGAUUGACUAGUAAUAGUAGUGGUAACCUAAACAGCUCCAAAAUCGGUCAAGGUUUAUCGGUUUGCAAUAAUAGUUCGUCUUCAAUAUUGUCAGCGAGCAAUCGAGGAAGUGGAGGUGGUGACUCCAACAAGUCGAAAGACUCGAAGAGCUCGAACUCGAUACGCGGUUCUUCGUCUUCGACAACCGAUAAAUCUUCCACUUCCUCUAAAUCCUCGCAUAGGAAAGUAGGGAAUAAGUCGCGAUCUAAACAGCCGCAGAUCUGUCCAAGUAAGAUUCAGAAAGUCGACAGAGACUCUAGUCCAGUUAGGUCAAAAUCUCGUGAGAAAGACAACGGAGACAGUUCACCGUCCUCACGUACCUCUCCACAAUCCUCCUUCCAAGCCUCUAAAAACCGCAAGAAGAAUAUGAAAUCCAGAAAACGUAGUCCAAGUCCCCCAUAUAGAAUUCCCAGGCGUAACGAUAUAAAAUCGAGUUCAAGUUUGAGCAGUUCUGGUGGUGUUACUGAGGAGGAGCAAUCUGGUUCGUUGAUAGUAUCUCCUCCUCAUCCACCAGCAUUUAAAGAAAUCAGGCCGAAUGCUAGACAGAGAAAUUAUGUAAGACGAAAUAAAGAUGACAGUCUUAGUCCGGAACGUUCCCCAGCCAGUGCUGGAAAUGCUCAAAUCGCUGCUGAGCCAACAUUGGAAUCCUCUAGCAAAGAUGAAGAUCUCAGAGCAUCGCUGUCUCUACCUGGCACUACUGUUUCCAUAUCCGAAAAGAAAGAGGAUUUAGAUUUACGAGUAUUACCAUCUGUUAACACUAGUAAGAGACGCAGCGAAGAUAUAGAAUCAUCUCCAGCUAAGAAAACUAAGGCUGAGAAGUUUGAUGCACUAUUUGGUAAUGAAGACGUAGAUUUGCGUACACUGACCCAUCCUAAAGCUGGUCGACCUCCGACACCUCCACCACCCGUAAUUUCCGGAGAGGACGGGAAAGAUAGCUGGGCGAAGUUGAAAACACCGCCAAAGAAUGAGAGAGAUAAGCAAGUUAACAAUGCUGAUGAUAAACGCGAAAGAGAUCGUAAUAGGGACAGAUUGGGUCGCCUCAGGCUUUAUAAUAAGCUUCCGGAUGAUCCUAAAGAGAGAAGAAGGACAUUAUCGAACGAAGAACAAGAUGCUAGAUUAGGACGUCGAGGCCGGGAAAAUGAUAAGCCUGAGAGAAACGACGAUCGAAAUAUCGAAAUUAUAAUGAAGCAAGCCGCUGAACAAUUAAAUCAAGGAUUGAUUACCAAAACACAAUAUAAUACUUUAAUACAAGAGGUGUUGCACAUGAGCGAGGAUCGAAAAUUGCGAGCCGCACAGCGAAAAGAGAAAGAAGGUGGUACUGUAAUAUGGGAAAAAGGAAUUAAUAUGGAUAUCGUGUCCGGUACCGGAGAUCGUACUGCGACGUUCAGUCCGUCCAACGAUAAGGAAGUGAUACGGAACAAGGAGCAUCCGAUACCACGAAAUCCUAAUGGUCCGAGAUGGCAGAAUCAGCCGUGGCAACAACCGUGGGCACAUCCACCGGGACCACCAUAUGGUGGACCACAGGGACAUUUUAAUUCGGACAUAAGGCCGAUCGGACCUUGGCAGAAUCCGCGACAUUUUGGACCGAUGAGACCAGAUUACCAGUAUCAUGGCGGCUUCAAUCACAAUAUGGGACCUAAUCCGCGAUUAGGACCUGGUAUGAUGGGUGGUCCGAUAGGUCCUAACGGUCCGAUCAUGUCGAAUCUUUUGCCAAACGGUCCAAUGGGACCGAUGGGCCCCAUGCCAAACUCUGCUAUGGCGAUGGGAUGUCACCCCGCGAUGAUGAUGAAUAACGGGCCGAUGACGAAUCUCAUGUCGAAUCCAAAUAUACCACCUUUGGCAUCUGGUAGAAAUUUAUCGCCGAAUGCAUCCGCCAAAUACGACCUCGAUGAUAACGAUCAAAGUUACGGCGGUACAACGGUGAAAAACUCGGGAUCGCACAGUCGUGAAUUGCCGCCACCGGAUCCAAAAUUGUUGGCUGAAAUAGCGAGAGAUACCAUGAAAUCCAUAAACAUUGACAAUAUCCCGCGUGAAAUUCGAUAUUAUGGACAGACAGGUGUAGUGUUUAUGAAUUGGGAUGAUCCGCGUGAGAUUGGUUUCCAGGACGGCAUAAGAAGAAUAUUGAUCGAUGACAAAGAUACUAUUACUUGCGCAUUUAAUGAUCAGUAUAAGGAAUUUAUGUACGAGGGAGAAAUUCAUAGAAUCAAACUAGGUGCACCUACUCGUGAAUUAUACGUCGACGAUCGUUGGUACGAGUGUUACUUUGGCGGUAUGCCCAUAACGAUUGAACUCGGUGGUAAAACGGUUAGUAUAAAAUUGGAGGGUCCUCCUCCACAAGUCAAAAUCGGUACCGUGAAGAGAACAGAUCUCGUGGUAGCUAAAAUUAAUCUUAUUAUCAACGCCCGAAACAUGGUGCCAGUAUUUUUGGACGCGAAACCACAAAUAUUCGAAAUUGAGGGAAAGCCUCAUACACUGGAAUUUACAGAUGCGUUGCAAACGGUUCUUCUGAAUGGACGACCGUUCAAAGUCGAAUUUGGGGGAUUACCUAAGCCUAUUAUUGUCAGAGAUAAGAAGCAUUUCAUCAGGUUUUCAGUGCUACCCAGAGGCAUCCGUGCUGGUCAUGUUAAAAUCACUGGAAUGAAAGGUGAGAGUCCCAUCGAGUCGCCACCAACGACGGCUCAAAAACCAAAAGUGGAUGCUGCACCUACACCAAGCCAAUUACCGGUGAUAGAACACGAAUCUACGUCACAAGAUGGUUCAGAUUUCAUCUCGACUUCAAAACCAGACUUGCAAUUAGAUAUAUUGUCAUCAGUGUUACCAUCAGCAAUGGCACCAUCGUCCGGUUUAUCCUAUGAAGCCGAACCUGUAGAAAAUCCGCCAGCACCAGCACCGACAUUGCCAUUGAACAUGAACGAAUUGUUCCAAAGAUUGGUCGAAACUGGCAUUGUUCCCAGUCUCAUGGAACAAAAGAAACAGGAGGAAGAAGAAAAGAAAGAACCUGAAAUUAGCCCCGUUUCCUUCGAUAAACCAGAGACUCUUAAAAUCAAACAACCUGCUAUCGCCGCAGCAUUGUACAGCGGUAUGCAAUGCAGUUCCUGCGGUGCAAGAUUUGCACCUGAAUUGGCUACUCGAUAUAGUCAUCAUUUAGAUUGGCAUUUUAGACAAAAUAGACGCGAACGAGACUCCGCAAGGAAAGCCCAUUCUCGGCCAUGGUAUUAUGAUAUUAGUGAUUGGAUACAGUUCGAAGAAAUUGAAGAUUUGGAGGACAGAGUUCAAAGUUGGUUCGAGACUGAAAAACAGACGGCGGAAACGGAGGGUAUAGCUACUGAUGACACUCCUCAGGAAACAUUGCAGCCCAGCGUACCGACUGGCAGCGACGAAGAUUCACGAUGCCAGGUAUGCCACGAUGCAUUCGAACAGUUUUAUAACGAGGAAAAGGAGGAGUGGCAUUUGAGACCAGCACUUAAUUAUGAAAAAAAGAAUUAUCAUCCACUUUGUCUGGAAGAUUACAAGGAAAAGAGUCUAGUGAGAGCAUUGGAAAAAACUGCCUUGGCACUUGAGGAGGCAGUUUCGGAAAUCGAGGAAAGUAAAAUAGAAUGUUCCGAAGAAACGCCCGGAGAUGAAUUUAAACAGGAGAAAUCCAAUGUAGAAAUAUCAAAUAAGGAACUUGAAGUUAUGGAAAAUUCAGAACAAAUAGAAGAGAGUCCCUUAGAGACUGCUACAUUGGAAACUAAAGAAAAAUCUGCUGACAUAGAGAAUUCUGAAAUUACGCAAGACGAAAUGGAAGAGCAAGAAAAGACGGAAGAUGCCGAAGAGAAUGUAGUUACAGCAGAUACUGAGGUAAACGCGUCUACGAUGAAUGAAGUAGAGAAAUCUCCGGACGAAGGUGUAAUCACACCAUUCGAAAAUAUUAAGAUUAAAGAGGAGCCAUUGGACGACAUUGGUGAACAAGACAAUAGCGAAAUGUUUGCUUUCCUGGAUAAGCUGGAGCACAAGAUUAAAGAGGAACCUAUGGAUCCUGAACCCGAACCCGAAUUAGAUCCCGAACAAAUUGUGAAUGAAUCGGGUACUGUAGAUACAACAUACGCUGCAGUGAAAAGUUCCAUUGAUGGAAAUGUAGAAUUAGACUCAACACCAGCACUUGUACCAGCGGCUCCAUCGCGGAUUAAGAUCAACAUCACUAAACCAUUAAACAGUAAUAAAGAAUCGGAAGAGAAUAAAGAAAAAGAAAAAACAGCGGUCGAGACGCCUGUAGAGGAAAACGCGGAACAACCGUUAGUACCAGCUUCUAUUAAACCCAGUUUACAAGGUAGGAAGCUAUCGAAUUUACCUCCCGUGGAGAAAGGGCAGGAGUUAUCGGGACUCUGCUCUAUUAUGUAAAUAAUAUGUGUACAAAACUUCAUCAAGUAAGUUUCUAUGAAUUCAAAUGAUACAAGUGUAUAAAGUGCUAGAUUUACAUUUAGAUUAUAAGAUGUAUUUCUAAGCUUAUUUAUACCUUGUACAUCAUAAUUUUGUGCAACUUGUACGACAUGAUAACAUCAUCCUUAUACAAUUUUUUUCACUCUUUUGUUUAAUACACUGAUAUUUUAUCUUUGUAAGAUUUUUUGUAAUAUCUUAUAAAGACAAAAUAGCAGCAAAUUAAACAUUAUACCGAUAUCUUGGUAUUUCUGUGUAAGGUUCUGUCUAAAUUUAUUGAUAAAUUGAUCUUCUAAACAAAUAUAAAUUAAUUUGACAAAUUAAUUUAAAUUUAUUAUAUAGAUUUUAUGCACGAUUUACUUAGAAAUACAAUAAGAUUCUUUACUUUUAUAUUAAUACCGGAAUAAAGUUACGUCGUACAAGUUAAAAAUGUAUAAAAUGCGUGCAAGUACGUGUGAGUGUAUCUUAAGUAUUAACAUUUUGAUGAAUGCAAAAAGAAAAAGUGCAGAACUGUAUAUAUUUUAUGUAAUUUAGAAAGAUAUAGUAGAGCAUUCCCGCGCGAGUGAGUAUUUUUAAGUGAAAUCGUGUUUUGUGAUGAGAAAAAUUAUUGCAAAUUUGAUAAUUUAUGCUCACUGAAAACUUCAAGUACUAUUUAUACUUGUGUAAAAGUUUGAUAAUGAUUUGCAUCCUGGAAAUUUCAAGCACAAUUAUACUUGUACGAAACACGACAAAACCCUUAAGAACGAAAACACCCAAUAAGUUCGUUAAACGAAAUAACGAUUGCCUGAUUCAUUUUAAGAUGUACAAAUAAUGUGAUAUAUGAGUUGUAAAAUAUACACAUAAAUCACCAACGGAAAAACAAUGACGACGAUACUGGAUAAGGAAAAUGACUACUAUUACUCUAUUAGAAAACAUUAUUUUGUUGUAUAAAAGAAGACUUAUUUACUACA